CCAAAAGUAAUUCCUUCUCCCACAGAAGGUGAUGUCAGCCUGUUUCCUUCCUCCGAUCGGGUUUUUGCAUUGAAGACAAGGAAAGAAGUACAAGGAAAUAAGGGACUCGUGGAAGGCUCGCGUGAUUCGUGGCAUAGUGAUGACUCCAUCAACACAUUGCUACCGAUGAUUUCCCUCUGAUUUUCUUCGCUCCUACUUCAGAUUGGCUUUUCUCGUAUUUCAUGAGUCAUAGACAAAAUAAACCCUAAAAGUCCCCCUUUUUUCCUCUCUCUUCCCCAUUCGGGCAAUUGUUUCUUGUUUUUCUUUUCAGGUGAUUUCGCUGUAUAUAAUUUCAGAGAUACUGAAGAUGGGAGAGUUAGCGAAGGUGUUGUAUAUAGUGGUGGUCGACGAAGGUGAGAAGAGGGACAAGGAGACGUCGUCGUUCCGAUACACGCGUCCUGUUCUUCAAAGCACCCUCCAACUCAUGGGCUGCAAAGCUCGUCAUGCUUUCAAGAUUAGCAGCCGGGUUUUUGAGUUGGUAAGAAGUGAAGCUUCUUACAGUUCACUUCUUCAACAGGGAAGUGAGACAUUGAAUUCUGAUGGUUUGAGAUGGAACUCUGAAAAGGAAGAUGCCUAUUCUAACUUUAAUGACUUCCAAAGAGCAGAGGCAGGCAGCCGUUUAACUUCAAACGAAGAUGAUAGAAAUAAGGGUAUACCAUUUGAGCUGUACAAAAGACGUACAUCUGUAGUUGUUAAAAGAGAAGCUUUCUUAGAUGUUGUCUGUGAUGCUCUGGCUGAAUACAAGUAUGUUGGUCCUAACCAGAGGGCUGACUUGGUUCUGGCAUGCAGAAUCCGAGAGAAGAAGGAAUCUGUUACUGUGCUGUUGUGUGGCACUAGUGGUUGUGGCAAAUCUACUUUGUCUGCUUUGCUGGGUAGUAGGUUGGGAAUUACAACUGUGAUUUCAACAGACUCUAUUCGUCACAUGAUGCGGAGUUUUGUAAAUGAGAAGGAAAAUCCUUUACUCUGGGCUUCAACCUACCAUGCUGGGGAGUGCUUGGAUCCUGUGGCUGUUACAGAAGCUAAGGCUAAAAAAAGAGCAAAAAAGUUGGCUGGCAUUUCUCAGUCACUGUCGAAGAGUGAGCUAGCUGAUCUUACUUCAGCUGGCAAGUCUGAUGCCAGGCCAGGGGAGAGUAAUUCUACUGGUACUGAAUUGAUCGGUCCCAGACAGAUGGCAGUCGAAGGAUUCAAGGCACAAAGUGAGAUGGUCAUUGACAGUCUAGACAGACUAAUUACUGCAUGGGAAGAGAGGAAAGAGUCUGUAGUAGUCGAGGGUGUUCACCUAAGCCUUAAUUUUGUUAUGGGGCUUAUGAAGAAACACCCCUCAAUCAUACCAUUCAUGAUUUACAUUACAAAUGAAGACAAACACUUGGAAAGAUUUGCAGUUCGUGCGAAGUACAUGACAUUGGACCCUGCUAAAAAUAAGUAUGUGAAGUAUAUAAGGAAUAUCAGGACAAUACAAGAUUAUCUAUGUAAACGAGCUGACAAGCAUUUUGUCCCCAAAAUAAACAACACAAAUGUUGACAAAAGUGUGGCAGCCAUACAUGCAACAGUUUUCAGUUGCCUCCGUAGGCGCGAAGCUGGGGAGACACUGUAUGAUCCUAUAACAAAUACAGUCGCUGUCAUUGAUGAGGAAUACCGGAAUCAGUGUGCUGCCAAUUCACUGAGCUCCAAGGGUAUGUUUCAAUUGAUCCACAGGAGUGGUUCUUCUAGGCAACUAAUGGCUCUUCUUAACAAAGAUGGAUCUGUGGCGAAGGCUUGGUCAGUUGAAUCCAUUGAUAGUAAUGGGAGGCCCAUCUCUGGCCAUGGAACUGAGGGUUUGAGUGGCAUGCCCUUGUAUGGACCUUUAACAAUCGGCAAGGCUGAACCUGUUAAUCUUCAAUUUGGCCACUAUGGAAUUAGUGCCUGGCCUAGUGAUGGAGGCACAAGUCAUGCUGGAAGUGUAGAUGAGUCGAGAUUUGAUGGGACUGAUAAUGGUAGUAGAUACCAAUCUUCCUGCUGCAGCUCACCAAGAAUGUCUGAUGGUCCUUCAAAGGAGCUAAUGGAGGAAAACUCAGUGUUCGGCAGUGAUGAAGAAGUUGACGAUCCACCCGAGGUGGACAGUGAUGAGGAUUUUAGUGAUGACUGUGACAAACGAGACCUUGAAGAGGUAGGCUCUGUUGAUGAGGGGUCAACAAAGUCGGAUGAAGAGUAUGAUGACCUGGCAAUGCAGGAUGUGUGGGACCAAGCAAUCCACACAAGAGAGGAUCAAUAUAACAACAAUUUGAAUGCCUACCAUAAAAGCGGAGGAGAGCAGUUGUCUGAGCCACUCUGCUAUUACCACCCUUCGGUUAUGGAGAAGGAUGAGAGGGGAUUGUCAUUAGGUAAUGUGCAGACAACAAAACCCUCCCUCGGCAUUCCGCCCAUGGGGAAUAAUAAUGGAUCCAUAAUCAGUGAUCCCAUUCUUUCUGGGGCUCCUUAGAAUUAGCGGAACAAAUUUUGUUCAUCGCAUUUUAGUUUUAUAACUAAUCUUUUCCUGGCUUUGUGUAAUUUACCGGGUCAUUUAGUUUA